GGCUGUUUUUUCUGCGCUUCGGAGCUUGUGUGUCAAAUGUAGCAACACUUGUGUUACUUGUCGCUGACUCAGUUCACUUUGAUACAGCAUUUAUUCUUCUGGUUUCAAAACAGGUUCCAGCCUGCCGAGAACCAUGUACACUUUAACCAGGUGUCUCCGGGCGGGGACGGCCGUCUGUCUGCGCGGGCAGACCGGCGGACGCGCGGCCUCCAGCCGCCUGCUGUGCACGACGGCGGACGGGCAAAAGAAGCUCGGUGAGAUGGUGAAGAAGGACAAAGUAGUGGUUUUCAUUAAGGGGACUCCGGCUCAGCCCAUGUGUGGCUUCAGUAACGCCGUGGUUCAGAUCCUCCGGAUGCACGGAGUGGAACAAUACGCCGCCUACAACGUCUUAGACGACCAGGAACUCCGACAAGGUGUGAAGGACUUUUCCAACUGGCCCACAAUUCCUCAGGUUUACUUCAACGGCGAGUUUGUCGGCGGCUGUGACAUCUUGUUGCAGAUGCACCAGAACGGAGAUCUGGUGGAGGAGUUGAAGAAGUUGGGCAUCCACUCUGCGCUGCUGGACGCUGAGAAAGAAUCUAAGUAACGGAACAGGACAAAGUUCAGACAGCCGAGGAGCCAAAGGUCACAUUUAACAGGUUCAAAUUCUCAGUCAAAGGAACAAAACCAAACCACUGCAGAGGAAGCUGGGAGUGAAACGCCACACUGCUUUGCUGUGGCGGGUCUGCUAAAUAACUGUUACCAUUACUACUUUAGUUGGUGUUGGUGGGGAAAAAUUAAUAAUAAUAAUAAUAAUAAAAGCCACCACGAGGUGCCGUCUUGAAAUGACUUGUUUUGACCAAAAUAACUUAAAAAACAAAAGACCCUUUGUUUUAUUUUUUACAAGUUAGUCAGUUAAUCUCUGUGUGUCCAAUUGAACUCUACUUUAAACCAGUUUACUAUCAUUAUAGAACUGGUCUAUAAAUUACUUCAGCAUUUUAAAACCAUUUGAAAAUAUCUGUUAAAUUUUGCCAAAAAUGUUAUUGUACAGCGACCCAUAAGAAAUUAUCUGGAAAAGUGUUUUGUUUUGUUUUUUUUUUUAAAAAAGCAGAUUAAAUCACACUUGUGGUAAAAGCUGGUUCAGAUGACUUUACCUAAAAAUGGAGCAGCAGCAAAGCUUCGAGUCGGCCGGUCGCAAAUAAAUUGGAUUAAGCAUUUGUUUUUGUUGUGACCAAACAUUUCAGCUCCGUCAGUGGUUACAUCGUGCCUUCAGUCAGGUUGACAGACACGUCAUGCGGUCUAUGCGUUACGUUUGCUCGCUGUCUUCGUCUUUGUAGCGACGUUGGUUUAAUUAUACAAAGUGUUUUAUUGAAACACAAGCUUGUGCAGUUUGUUUUGAUUUAACAUUUUAUAUAUAUAAAAUAUAAUCUUUAUUUUGAUUAUGAAGGAUGUUCAGUGUGAACAUUUUUGGAAAUGGGCACUUUUGUGUUGAACUUAUUUAUACCGCCCUAGUGCUGAUGAAAUGUAUGUCAUCCAUGUUUCUUAAUCAAAUAUCAAACUGUUUCCACAGCAGUAAAAUGACUUUUUGUCACGUGUGCAGUAAUAACGCUGCUGUUGUGACAUUUACGCCUUGCGCAGUGAGAUCGGAGAUGGUGCUCGUGACUGGUUACCGCUGCUUUUUGGUUGUUUCCCCCCAAAGCUGCCACCUCUUCAAAACCAAAAGAUGAUUUAUUCAUCCAAUGAUGAAAACAGUGUUUUAAUAAUCAUAUCCAAUGUUUAAGAAGUGGUAAAUAGACACGCCCACUUUACACGCAGGUUUGUUGGAAGCGACAUUUGUUUUGUUCAUCCAGAUACACAAACGACAUACUGUUGCCUUUUCAUGUCACGGAUUCUCCGGCAGUUUCUUUCAAAAAGUGAUGUCUAGUCAUUUUUCUUUCUGGCCCAAAGAAUCUGACUUUUAUGGAUCUUUGAUUUUAUUUUUCCACUACACAGUUUCAUGUCAUACACUGUAAAAUAUAUAAUCUGUUUGUAAUCCUAAUCCCAUUAAAUAGUUUCACACAAG